AGGACCAUCUGUCUGGAAUCAGUGGCAGCAGUCUGGGAAUGGGGGUCACAUUGUUUAUAUCCCACACACGCCUGCGGCCGCACGCAGUCCAUCAGCUGUCCCCUCAGUAUUUCCAUUGCAUUCUUAUCCUUGUGGCACCAGCACCCUCAUAUUGCAGAGGAGCAAACUGAAAUUGAGUGCCUGCUGUGUACCAGUCCUUGCCCUAGGCACCAGGGACAUAGCCGUGAACAAAACUUGGAGUCUUUGUCCUCAUGGACCCAGUGGUCCAGUGGGAAACAUGGUAACCAUGGGACACAAGUCAGCGCGCUCUCCUGGCUGCGUCCCGCCUUCCCCGGAGUAGAAGGGGACUGAGGGGCUUUCUGCCCCUCCAGUAGGACCUCCACAGUAUCACCAUCCUCUUUGGCAUGUCCAGGCCACCUCUUUUGCGUAUUUGUCCUGUAUUCUUUCUUAUUAGAAGUCCCUCCAAGAGUCUGAUCUAAAUCUUCCAGCUGCAGAGAAGCCCACCUGGAUCCUUCUGUGGUUUGGGUUGGUGAUGAGCAGCUGCUCCCCAAGUCCCAGAGCAUGGCCAGGUGUCUUGGAGAUUGAGAAGCCCUGGUCAGGUGCGACCCGCAGUUCACCCUUGGGCCUCAGAGCAUGUGGUCCCAUUUGCCCUGGAGCACCAGUCAUGUGGUUCCAAAGGAAGCCUGGGGGAGGCCUGGAGAGAAUCAGCCCAGUCCCUGGCCCAUGAAAGCUGAAUUUAGGCACUCCUUAGGCUGAGGAGCCUUCCAGGGGCAGUUUGCCCCCCAACUAGAAUCCUUCCGCCUGGCCAUCUCCCCCUCUCUAAUCUCAGAUGGAAUCCAGCAUGCUUCAGAAACUUCAGGAGCCCCCCAGUCUGUAACAAACCCAAGAUAACCAUUCCUGGUCCCAACCAUGCCACUGUGCACCAACCUGCAAGCGCAGGUCUCUCUACCAGCACUUGUGGGACCUCACCUUGCAGCACUUUGAUGCUUUGCUGUUCAAGCCUCUUGGCAACCCAGGAAUCUGCUAACUCUUGUUUUCUAAAUGGUCACACUAAGGCAGUGGAUCAAGUGAGUAGGCCAGAAUAUCAUAAAGGGAGCCUAGAGGAGAACCCAGAUGUUGUGAUGGAGGCUUCUGGAGGCCCUGCCAGCCCUGCCAGGGUUUUCAGGCUUUCACUUAAGGAAGUCGGACUAUGAACUGGUUGUGCUAAUAUUUACACAGCUUCAGUUCAAAAACAUGGACAGGACUGACAGCUGCAUAGUCAAGCAGUGUGACGACUAGGCAAAUAGGUGUUUCUGGAAGGGAUUGGACAGGGUACGCAAGACAGCAGGAACUCAGUGUGUGUGUGUGUGUGUGUGUGUGUGUGUGUAAGGUUUUAUCUGGCCGGACUGUGCAGAACAUGGAAUCGUGGUUUGCCAGGGCAGUCUCCGAAUCCAGGGCAGCUUGGGGCAUCAGGAAAGAAGGGUUUGGGGAGGCAAACAGAUUUUGUUUCAAAUCCCAGCUCAGUUUUUUGAGUUUAUGCAAGUUUCCAUGCCACUGUGAGCCUCAGUUUCACCCUACAUGACAGAGAAUGAUAAUAUUGCUUCACAGAGGUUCUCUGAGGCCAUGGGUGUCUGAAAGCCAUGCAGGACUAUCCAGCCUCAGGCCUCUGGUCCGAUGCCACAUUUGUUCAAGUCAGCACUCUAUUCUUCCCAACCACCAGUGACUCGCUGGAUUUUCUUCCUUCCUCUUUUGUAAAUUUCCUUUGCAUUAUGAUGACGAUUGGGAUAUCCUCCCAGUAAGCACAGAGGCAAGAUGAUGGCAUAGGCUGGAUAGGUUCGGACCCAGCUGGAGGCCUGGGGAGAGGUCUCCUGUGGGCGUGUGUGUUUGUGUGUGUAUGGGGGGGGUGCUCAAAGACCAUUGAAUGUGAUUUAUCGUUGGUCCUCAAAAGCAAAUCCUAAUGAGUUUAGAGGCCAUUAAGGCUCUUGAAGAAUUAAUUGUCAUGGCCUUAGAGAAUCUGGCUAUUCCCACUGUGUGAGCCGCUGCAGAGAGAAAAUUGAUGGCAAUUAUGGUGGAAAUAUGGCAUGGUGCCACCUGGACCUGUGACUGCUCUGGCUGCUGAGCCCUGAGCUCAUGGCUUGUGCCUGAUGCCUGCCUAGCACAGGACCUGGCCACAUGGUAGGCACAGCCAGCCAUCAGUGAAUGAAUGCAGGUGUGAACUGAUGUAUGCAGUUAUUCUCUGGAGAGAUAUGUGUGACCCAGUGGACACCCAAUCUUGUACUUUCCUGUCUUCCUUUAUUCAUGUGACAAACAUUCACUGAGCACCUGCUCUGUGCCAGGCCCUGGGCUAGAUGUAGAGGAACCGAGGUUAAUGAUACGGAAGUGCACAUCACAGCGCACAGGCCUCGGGAGGGUCCCACAAAACCCUGACUCUGCCUCUUCCCACCUGUGUGGCUUCAGAUAUGUUGUUUCCCCUCUCUGAGCCGUGAUUUUUCUCAUCGAUGAAACGGGGCCAAAAGAAACUUCUGUGUUUCUUUUGCGUGGUGACUGAUGCAUACAGAUGCCCAACAAAUGGUAGCUGUUGUCACCAUCAUCAGUAUUACCACCUUUUCCCUUUUGUGAAAUUACAGAGGCUCCUCACACUUUCUUUAUUGCUGAUUUUUGGGGUUGAAGACUGAUUUCUAGAGCCCACAUGGCUCUCUGAAAUCUCUCUUCUGUGUCCUGGUUGUUCUGACUUGAAUGUUUUUAUGCCUUAUUUGUAUAUGCCUGCAGCUUUCCCCUUGGUGGAAAGGCCCAUUCUUUCCAUUUUAUUUCUCGGUUUAUGGCUCCCUGAUAUGGUGACAGUUUAAUUUGAACUUAAGGCCCCAAUGUGGAGCCAUAGCACAAGUCCCUUCCCCGUUUGUAAAGAUGGGAAACUAUGACUGCAUUUGUUUUUUCCUCUUUGUUCAAAGGUCAGUGUAAUAAUAAUAAUAGCAGUGCUUGCCAUUUAGUGACCUUCUGUGUGAAGUGCUUAAUUCUCAAAGCAAUUUAUGAGUAAGGUACCCAUUUUUCAGAUGGGGGAAGGUUCCAUGACUUGCCCAGGGUCACUGUCCCACAAAGUGAGCGCUAGGGUUAGGAUUUGAAUUAAGUGUACCUGGCUUCAGAGUCUAUGUACUUUAUAGCCAGGCUCUGCCCCUCUUGUAUUAAAUGUCCUUUGGCAAAAUAUGUCACCAUUGUAAGUGGAGCCUUUUGCAUCUUUUCCAUGCCACAGAACAGGUGUCUGGUAUCCCUUGGUAUUAGGGUUUCCAGAAUGUUCCCAAAUGUCCCAGUGUGCAAGCUGGUUGGUGACAACUCACCGGGUUUCCUGGCAUCUUGUCUCUUUCCCCGCAGACUGAGAGCUGAGCCCCGGAUUCGCCAGCAGCGUUCUGGCACAGCGUCCUUCAGGCCCCAGCACUCGCAGCAUUUUGAGGGUAGCAUGCUUAAAUCCUGUGCACAGCCCCAGGCAACACUCUUCUUGAAAUGGGGUCUUGAAGACAAAAGCUGACUGUCCCCUGACUUAGUGAGGACCAGUGUGAACCUGGUGGGCUUUUGCAUAGGGAGGGAACCUGAGGCUAGGGCCUUUGACAUCAUUAGAGGACAUACGUGCAUGUCAGCGCUGAACUUGAUCCCACGGGAGGGCAGAGGGAUCAUUAAUAAACUGGAAUAUUUGGAAGAGUCCCCAACUGGGAGGAGGAGUUCUCAUUCACUCAAACGGGAAAGGUUUUGCCGAAAUCCCCUGUUGCCCAGGCCAGGUCGGAGUCUGUCUGCCAACACGCAUACUUUGUCCCUGAUGUCUGUUUAAAAGACAGAAGCAAAUGGUGUUUGCUUUUCUAUUUCUGGCUGGGAGGCUAGAUGGUAAGAUCAUUAAAUGCACUAAUACAUGUAAGACUUUUAAAACAGUGCUUUACAGUAGUAUAGUAACCACUCAAUAGAUGUUACUUCUUAUGAUUGUUAUUUAUUCUGGUUAUUCCUAAGGUUUGAAGGGUCUCCCCUCCUGAGAGAGGAGACCUUCCAGAAAGGCCUGGCCAGAGUUGGCCCUGAUUGGUUGUUGGCCUUCCCCCACCUGAGAGCCCUGGCAUCUGUCAGAGAGCUCUGGCCACCCAUCUCAUCACAUCCCCUCUCUGGGCCUCAGUUUCCACAUCCAUGAAAAGAGAGCGUCGAGGGUGAGGCCCCCAGCAGCGAGACUGGCACGUCCCUGGACAGCCCCUCAGCCUACCACCAGGGCCCCUUGGUGCCCGGUUCCAGCCUGAGCCCGGACCACUACGAGCACACAUCGGUGGGGGCCUAUGGGCUGUACUCGGGGCCGCCGGGGCAGCAGCGCACGCGGAGGCCCAAGCUGCAGCACUCGACCUCCAUCCUGCGCAAGCAGGCCGAGGAGGAGGCCAUCAAGCGCUCCCGCUCGCUGUCUGAGAGCUAUGAGCUCUCCUCGGACCUGCAGGACAAGCAGGUGGAGAUGCUAGAACGAAAGUAUGGGGGCCGCCUUGUGACCCGCCAUGCAGCCCGCACCAUCCAGACUGCGUUCCGCCAGUACCAGAUGAACAAGAACUUCGAGCGGCUGCGCAGCUCCAUGUCGGAGAACCGCAUGUCGCGCCGGAUCGUGCUGUCCAACAUGAGGAUGCAGUUCUCCUUCGAGGGGCCCGAGAAAGUGCACAGCUCCUACUUUGAGGGGAAGCAGGUUUCCGUGACCAACGACGGCUCCCAGCUGGGGGCCCUGGUGCCCUCCGAGUGUGCCGACCUGGGAGAGGCGUCCAGCCUCAAGUCUCCGGCCCCCUCCAGCGACUUCGCAGACGCCAUCACGGAGCUGGAAGACGCCUUUUCCCGGCAGGUGAAGUCACUGGCCGAGUCCAUCGACGACGCUCUCAACUGCCGCAGCCUGCACUCUGAGGAGGCUCCUGCCAUGGACACGGCACGCGCCCGGGACGCUGAGUCCAAGCCGGCCCUGCACAGCAUGGACCACCGCAAACUGGAUGAGAUGACAGCCUCGUACAGCGACGUCACCCUGUACAUCGACGAGGAGGAGCUGUCACCUCCUCUGCCCCUCUCGCAGGUGGGGGACCGCCCGUCCAGCACUGAGCCAGACUUGCGACUGCGUGCCGGGGCUGCAGCCCAGGACUACUGGGCCCUGGCCCACAAGGAGGACACGGCUGGCACGGACACUAGCUGCCGGAGCACGCCGUCGCUGGAGCGGCAGGAGCCACGGCUGCGGGUGGAGCACCUCCCACUGCUGACCAUUGAGCCGCCCAGCGACAGCUCCGUGGACCUUAGCGACCGCUCCGACCGCGGCUCCCUCAAGAGGCAGAGCGCCUACGAGCGCAGCCUUGCUGGGCAGCAGGGCAGCCCCAAGCAUGGCCCCCACAGCGGCCCCCCCAAAGGCCUCCCCCGAGAAGAGCCAGAGUUGCGGCCCCGGCCACCCAGGCCCCUGGAGAGCCAUCUGGCCAUCAACGGCUCAGCCAACCGGCAGAGCAAGUCUGAGUCUGACUACUCAGACGGUGACAACGACAGCAUCAACAGCACGUCCAACUCCAACGACACCAUCAACUGCAGCUCCGAGUCCUCGUCCCGAGACAGCCUGCGGGAGCAGACCCUCAGCAAGCAGACCUACCACAAGGAGACCCGCAACAGCUGGGACUCGCCCGCCUUCAGCAACGACGUCAUCCGCAAGCGGCACUACCGCAUUGGCCUGAACCUCUUCAACAAGAAGCCAGAGAAGGGAGUCCAGUACCUCAUCGAGCGUGGCUUCGUGCCCGACACGCCAGUGGGGGUGGCCCACUUCCUGCUGCAGCGCAAGGGCCUCAGCCGGCAGAUGAUUGGCGAGUUCCUGGGCAACCGGCAGAAGCAAUUCAACCGCGACGUGCUCGACUGCGUGGUGGACGAGAUGGAUUUCUCUGCCAUGGAGCUGGACGAGGCCCUCAGGAAGUUCCAGGCGCACAUCCGAGUCCAAGGAGAGGCUCAGAAAGUGGAGCGGCUCAUCGAGGCGUUCAGCCAGCGGUACUGCAUCUGCAACCCUGGGGUGGUGCGGCAGUUCCGGAACCCAGACACCAUCUUCAUCCUGGCCUUCGCUAUCAUCCUGCUCAACACGGACAUGUACAGCCCCAACGUCAAGCCUGAGAGGAAGAUGAAGCUGGAAGACUUCGUCAAGAACCUCCGAGGUGUGGACGAUGGUGAGGACAUUCCCCGGGAGAUGCUGAUCGGGAUCUAUGAACGGAUCCGCAAGCGAGAGCUGAAGACCAAUGAGGACCACGUGUCCCAGGUGCAGAAGGUGGAGAAACUCAUUGUGGGGAAGAAGCCGAUCGGAUCUCUCCAUCAUGGCCUUGGCUGUGUGCUCUCUCUGCCCCAUCGUCGGCUGGUCUGCUACUGCCGGCUCUUCGAGGUUCCAGACCCAAACAAGCCGCAGAAGCUCGGACUGCACCAGCGAGAAAUCUUCCUGUUCAACGACCUCCUGGUGGUCACCAAGAUCUUCCAGAAGAAGAAGAACUCAGUGACGUACAGCUUCCGGCAGUCCUUCUCCUUGUGCGGCAUGCAGGUCCUGCUCUUUGAGAACCAGUACUACCCCAACGGCAUCCGGCUCACAUCCGCUGUCCCCGGCGCAGACAUCAAAGUGUUAAUAAACUUCAAUGCCCCCAACCCUCAAGACCGGAAGAAAUUCACCGAUGACCUGCGGGAGUCCAUCGCAGAAGUGCAGGAGAUGGAGAAGCACAGGAUAGAGUCGGAGCUCGAGAAGCAGAAGGGUGUCGUGAGGCCCAGCAUGUCCCAGUGCUCCAGCCUCAAAAAGGAGCCGGGCAACGGGACGCUGAGCCGGGCCUGCCUGGACGACAGCUACGCAGGCGAGGGCCUCAAGCGCAGCGCCCUCAGCAGCUCCCUGAGGGACCUCUCGGAAGCGGGGAAGCGAGGGCGUCGCAGCAGUGCGGGAUCGCUAGAGAGCAAUGUGGAAGGGUCCAUCAUUAGCAGUCCUCACAUGCGCCGGAGAGCUACAUCAACACGAGAGUGUCCAUCUCGCCCACACCAGACUAUGCCUAAUUCAUCCUCCCUCCUGGGCUCCUUAUUUGGGAGUAGAAGAGGGAAGCCCCCUCCCCAGGCCCACCCACCCUCAGCUCCUCCCCCGCCACCCCCCCACCCGCCAGGCCUGCCCCACCUGCAGCACUCCUCGGGCGGCCACCACCUGGGGCCAGCAGAGGGCCCGCCGCAGGCCCAGGUGCAUGGGCAUCACACCCAGUACUGCCACGUGCCGCAGAACCCACCGCCCUACCACCACCACCACCACUACCACCCACCCCAGCACAUCCAGCAUGCACACCAGUACCACCACGGCCCCCACGGGGGGCACCCAGCCUACGGGGCCCACGUUCACGGCCACCCACCGCUGCCCUCCGCCCACGCAGGGCAUGCAGUGCACCACCACGGGCAGCCACCUGCCCCGCCGCCCCCCACCAGCAGCAAGGCCAAACCCAGCGGCAUCAGCACAAUUGUGUAGACAGCCUGGAUGGGGGCUCCCAGGCCCCCGAAACAGUUGCACACAUACAGGGCAUGCCCGGGGCCACCAGCCUCACACCAAACCCAGGGCGCUCGCAUUGCCAUCUGUCCCUCUGCCCCUCGCAGCCUGGACGGAACCCUGUGAGCCCACAGGGCGCGUGUUCUGUGGAACAGAGCUCCAGAUUUCACUUAGCACUGGCACCCUGGGCUCCGGUCACCUCUGUCCCAGGGGGGGUGGGCCUCAGCCACAUCAGCCUUGAGAUGGCGCCACCGGCCAAGUACAUGUUGAACUGCAUCCCCCACCCCAGCCCCCAGCUCUCUACUCCCUAACUUAUACACAGAUGAAAACCCAGCCUAGGAGAAGAAAGGAGAUACAAAAAUAACAGACAAAACAACCCCCCAAAACUUGCUGCAUUAUUGCUCUUUUAUUGAAUGGGCAAAAAUUAAGUAGACCUGAUAUGGUUGAUGAAAAUACGUAAGUAAACUUUAUAUGAUAUAAAUAUAUAAAUAUAUAAAUACAUAUAUCUGCUGUACAGGCAGUGCUUGUGUGUGAAAGGCAGGCGUUGCAGUCCCAACAUUAGCAAUACUGACCUUACAAGGAGCUCCGCUUCCCGGAAAGGAAGAUAGUCCCUUAGAUGAGUGUGUGAGACAGUAGACCAACCCUUAAAUGCUAGGAACAAACUCAGAUACUUCCAUAUUUUCAUACAAAGAAGAGAAGUCCCUCUAGGACUCGCUAAAGUCUUUACGCAAUCAUCACUAACUGUGCCAAGUAACAUAGCAUCUAACUGUUUAGAAAGUCCAAUAUUGCUUUGUAUAAAUCCUUAUUUUAUUAACAGAAUACUAUCAUAAAUAAUCAGUAUUAUAACUGCUCUGUUAUUUCAGGUAAGCAAAUAGCUAAAAUGCAGUAACCUACAGUAGCAACUCUGGACAACUAGGUAUGAUCUGGUUGUCUUAGGAGAUUGGUCACACAGAUUCUUAGACACUUUAAUGGCUGCGAUAACUGUGAACUCCAUGAUCCAUGUUCCUUUUGUAUGCGUGUGGCUUGAUGCACACUCAUUCAGAGUCCUGGGGUGCCCGUGCACAGCGGAUGCUCAUCUCAACAUGACAGCAACCAGCUCUCAUCUCGUGUCCCCAACACCAUACCUUGCCAUACGGUCUCAGGCCACAGCAGGCAGAAGCCCCCAGAGAGCCUCCAUCAGGAACCACCCCAACCCGAGGCUGGUUCUAGUGUUUAGCAACCCAGGGCAGUAUGUGUGUUUCCCAUUUUGUUUUCUGAGUGGUAGCAGUGAUCGUUGUAAUUCCAUGUAGCCAUGUGCUAGCAGAACCCCUGUGUCAUCUCCGUGGCCCAUGUGACCCCGGCCGACAAGUGCCCAGCCCCCGCCAGGCAGAGCCCCUGCUGCCUCCUCAUGGUCCAGUGAGCUGCCGGGGCAUCACGUGACUCAGCUGUGCUCUUGUCGCUUCUGUGUUGUGAUGACACCAUGCGCUCCCUGGGGCCAGACGCUGCACGAGUCCGGUCUGUGCCUGAGUCACCCAUGGGCUGUACUUUGUAGUUUCAGCCUUUCGAGCCACUGCAGCCGCCAGUGCUUUGCUCCUAAGCCGUGGGACCGGAGGACUGCCCCAUGGCCCCCGCCCAGGCAGAGAGCCCUUUCAGAAAGGGCGAAGCUAGAGCCUCACUCUGCGGGCCGCACUCAGUGGACAGCGUGGUGAGCCCUGGCUGGAUGGCAGGAAGAGAGGGGCUCACUCUGGCUGUGUCGCCCAGGCUGGCCGGGGUUUGCUGCUGGCCCUCCUCACACCCUCACCUUGGCCAUGUCAUUGAGCUCACCGUACCAGCAAAUCUGCAAACCGAGCACUUUGUUAAUCUCUGCAGAAAGCAAAUACAGCAACCUAGAGUUUAGCCUUUUUAAAGAUAAGUGUGACUUUAACCUGCCCACUCUUGUCCUCUCAUCGGUGUGGCAUUUCUUUCUUGGCAUUUGCUCAGGAAGAAAAAGGACGAGUGUGUCUGGGUCAGGCUGGGCUGGUGAGGGUGCUCUGCUGUCACCAACUCUGGGCUCUGGUUUUCCUUAAGAGCCAGGCUCCCAAGGCACUCUCUGUCUUGCGGUUUCCAAGGAUGUUGUUCUGACUCGGAAAAGCUGGAUUGUACUGCAUGUCAUCCGGUGUCAGUCGUGCGAGGCUGCACUCUGUAUUGUACCUUUACAAAGUAUAUCAGUGUGACUGUUGACAAAUAGUUGAAGUAAAGUGGUAACAUAUUGAGUAUGUCGGCUUUUCUUCACCCUCCUCUGUACCAAGAGUUGCACUGUGACCUUAGGUUGUUCCAGAAAAGAUACGGACCAUGUGGUACAGAAUUGCUCUUUCUGCAGGGGUGUCACUGACAAACAGAACUCAACAAAAAGAAUAAACAGUAAUCCCGGAACAGGGGCUUUCUCUGCGUCCCUCUCCACGGCUGUCCUGUGAGCUCCCAGGUGCCAGCCCUGUCCCCAGUGUGUCCUGCCGCAGUGCUGGGCAGCAGGGCUGCACCUAGUGCAAGGGGCUUCUAGAACACUCAGCUCCUCUCUGGGGUUCCAACUUUAUUUGGCGUGUGGGUUCAGGCCAACAAGGUUUCAUCCUUCCAGGUGUUUUAUUUGCAGGCUAUCAGAAGUGCUUACAGAGGUACACAGUUGGGUGCAGGAGGCUGGAGUCAUGGUGCCCACAUCUUGUCUAGGAAGCAAAAGCCCCUAGUGAGCUGGUGUCCCCGUGUGUCUUUCAUGGGACUGUCCUCUAUAGAUCCCCACUUGUCACAGAGCCAUAGCUUCGGGACCCUGUCCUCAUGUCCUCCGAGAGGGGAGGCAGAAAGAGCUGAGGGCCCCCGGGUGUCUGCCUCACCCUUUCUCACUGUCGGGACACCCUUGGGGCAUCUUUCUCAAGUCGCACAAACUAUUGCAGUUACAUACAGAAUUGCUGACAGCAGGAGACCCUUAGGGGAGGCAGCUGGUAUGUGACAAGUCUUUUCUGGGACAACAAAUCAAAUUAUGUAUUUGUAUUUUUUUAAGUUUAUGAAUGAACUGUAUAACAAUGUAAAAAUAAAGUUCAUCCUAAUAUGAUG